AUGGGGAAGCAGCCGGUGAGGAUGAAGGCAGUGGUGUACGCGCUUUCACCGUUUCAGCAGAAGGUGAUGCCUGGUCUCUGGAAAGAUCUGCCGACGAAGAUCCACCACAAGAUCUCCGAGAACUGGAUCAGCGCCACCCUCCUUCUCGGCCCACUCGUCGGCGUCUACUCGUAUGUUCAGAGCUACCAGGAAAAGGAGAAGUUGGAGCACAGGUACUGA